AUGGCGGCGGUUGCUGUGGCGACCAGGUGGUGGCUGCUUCUGGUGCUAAGCGCCGCGGAGCUGGGGGUCAAGGGCGCCCCUCAGCCCCCCAACAUCCUGCUCUUGCUCAUGGACGACAUGGGGUGGGGCGACCUGGGGGUGUAUGGAGAACCUUCCAGAGAGACCCCGAAUUUGGACCGGAUGGCUGCGGAGGGAAUGCUCUUCCCGAACUUCUACACAGCCAACCCCCUGUGCUCCCCGUCCAGGGCAGCUCUGCUCACCGGACGUCUGCCCAUCCGCAGCGGCUUCUAUACCACCAACGGGCACGCCAGGAACGCCUACACUCCGCAGGAGAUAGUGGGGGGCAUCCCGGACUCAGAGCUCCUGCUGCCAGCGCUGCUGAAGGGGGCCGGCUAUGCCAGCAAGAUUGUGGGCAAGUGGCACCUGGGCCACCGGCCUCAGUUCCACCCCCUGAAGCACGGAUUCGACGAGUGGUUUGGAUCCCCCAACUGUCACUUUGGACCUUACGACAACAAGGCGAGGCCCAACAUCCCUGUGUACCGGGAUCAGGAGAUGGUUGGCAGAUUUUAUGAAGAAUUUCCAAUUAACCUGAAGACUGGAGAAGCCAACCUCACCCAGAUCUAUCUGCAGGAGGCGCUGGAGUUCAUUCAGAGGCAGCAGGCAGCCCACCGCCCCUUCUUUCUCUACUGGGCUGUCGAUGCUACACAUGCACCUGUUUAUGCCUCCAAGCCUUUCCUGGGCACCAGCCAGCGAGGGCGGUACGGGGAUGCCAUCCGUGAGUUGGACGACAGUGUCGGGAGAAUCCUGCAUCUCCUCCGGGACCUGGGCAUCGCAGAGAACACAUUUGUUUUCUUCACAUCUGACAAUGGUGCCGCCCUCAUUUCUGCACCCAGACAAGGCAGCAACGGGCCCCUCCUGUGUGGGAAGCAGACCACGUUUGAAGGUGGGAUGCGGGAGCCUGCAAUCGCCUGGUGGCCUGGACACAUCCCUGCCGGCCAGGUGAGCCACCAGCUGGGCAGCAUCAUGGACCUCUUCACCACCAGCCUGUCCCUCGCAGGCCUAGAGCCGCCCAGGGACAGGGCCAUCGACGGCCUGGACCUCCUACCCGCCAUGCUACAGGGCCGCCUGACAGAUAGGCCGAUAUUCUAUUACCGCGGCAACACACUGAUGGCGGUGACGCUCGGCCAGUACAAGGCCCACUUCUGGACCUGGACUAAUUCCUGGGAGGAGUUCAAACAGGGCAUUGAUUUCUGUCCCGGGCAGAACGUCUCAGGGGUCACCACCCACUCACAAGAGGAGCACACAAAGCUGCCCCUCAUCUUCCACCUGGGCCGAGACCCCGGAGAGAGGUUCCCCCUCAGCAUUGCCAGCAUCGAGUACCUGGAUGCCCUUCGCAGGAUCACCCCGGUCGUCCAGCAGCACCAGGAGGCCUUGGUCCCUGGACAGCCCCAGCUCAAUGUGUGCAACCGGGCAGUCAUGAACUGGGCGCCCCCAGGCUGUGAAAAGUUAGGGAAGUGCCUGCCACCCCCGGAGUCUGUCCCGGAGAAGUGCUCCUGGCCCCACUAG